UCGCCCUGAUAGCCUCCUCUCUUCUGCACAGCAAACACGACAGGGUAACAGAGCUGAUUGAUUGUUUCACUGCUCAGGUUUGCUUUGCCUCAGUCAUUAGCAUAGGAAAAGAGACACGUGACACAGAUCCUGAACCACAUUCCAAACCAGGACAGAUAAGACCGAGGGAUAUCCAGAUAAGAUAUAUAUCUUAUAUCUUGAAGAGAUGUUAGACGGACUGGGCAUGUGUACAGUACACCUCUUUGCUAAUCCUUUUCAUUAUUUGCUGCUUUCAUUAUUAAAUGUUUAAAUCAGAGGUGAAAGGUCCAGCUGAAGCCUUAAAGAUACUUCUAACUAAGGUAAGAAGGAAAAGAACAAAUGAGGACUAACUCAUUUGUCAUAAAUGUUUAGCUAGCUGUAAGUCAGCCUUAAGGUUUUACAACAAGGAACAAAGGUCACAUGCUGUGCUGGCUGCAUCACAGUGACAGGUGAACUGAAACUGGUAGAAGUGCCUGUUGAAGUACCGGGCAGAAUAAUGAAAAGUUGCCAGCAACUUCCUCUACUGCUGUGGCUGGCUGCAGUGGUAGCAAUAAAUAUACUGGGAAGUAAUGUUGCAGGAGAAAAUCUGCAGGUAAAGAAACUGACCAAGCCUCUGCAAGUCAUUCCCUAUAAUGACAACAGUUCCAAUGUUACUAAACUGGUGAUCAAAGAGAGCCUGAUCACUCUGAAUGAAGCUGACAGACUAGCCCUGAGUAGUUAUCCCAGACUGGUAGAGCUCCACCUGGAUGGUAACCUGGUGACCAGCAUACCAGCCAACUAUUUUUCUGUGAUGCCACAGCUCAAAGUGCUGUCUCUGUCCAGGAACAAAAUCAGCAGUCUGGACCCAGAGUCUUUCUCUGGGUUAGAUUUCCUGACAGAGGUGGACCUGUCCCACAAUCUGCUGACAAGUCUCCACACACAGCUAUUCAGACGGCUAAAUAAGCUACAGGUGUGGAACCUGCAGGAAAACCCCUGGAAUUGUUCCUGUCCACUGCUGAACGAUACUGGGGACGUCGAAGCAGCAGGAGUCGGAGGACCAAAGACAGAGUGUGCUUCUCUAGAAAGUCAAGAUGGAAGGGAUCUUUUGCAGGCUGUGUGUGACCCAUCGCCAACACCCACCUUUGCUACAGAUCCACAAAAACCACCAACAGCAGUCAAUUUUCAGCAGGUCACUAUGCUGAAGACCACAAUGACAAGCCAGAACCUCAUCAACAAAGACCAGACACCUGUGCUGGGCAACACAUGGAAGUUCACAGUGUGCGUUGUAGCCUUGGCACUGUGCACCGCCAUGCUCAUCAUAUGUGGUAUCAAGGGGCCUUCCUGGUACAAGCUCUUCUACAACUACCGUCAUCGGCGACUACACCAGGAGGAUGCGGAGGAGGAGGAGGAGGAUGCUGUCUCAACAGUCUUCACAGAAACAAGGAGACACCGGAGUCAUCAGACAUUCACCUUUGAGCAGGAGAACGGGCGGACAGAGCAAGAGGAAGAGGAGGAGGAGGAGGAUGGCUAUUUUGAGGAUCCAUACAUAAAAAGGGAAGAGUGACACAGUAGAGAUGAGGCAUCAGCAGAACCACUGCUAGUGAACCAGUGAUGAGGAGGCAGUCAUCACAAAGGGAAAAUCUGUCACUGUACCCAUUGAGCAAAAGAAUAUUCCUUUAUAUAGGAUAUGCAUGGCCUUUGGUGGAUAAGAAAAAUAAAAUCAUUUAGCUUUUGUUUUCUAUGCACUGGUUAGUUUUAAGUUUGUUGAAAAGUUGGUAAACCAAUAAAUUAGGCUUUUUGUACAAUUUCUAUUUAUUUUAAAUUACUGUGGAACAUCAAAUCAGCACCAAAAAUAUGAAGUAAAGAUGUUUUAGCCCGAGAACUAUUUGAGCUCUUGCUUAACUUUUAUUAUUUCUGAUGUAGCCUUUGAGAAAUUGUGAAGAAUAUAAUUUGUUGCAUAUAAUUCUAUACCGGUCUCAAUAUCAUAUAGCCUUUUCCAGCAGUGGCGCUGGCGUUUCUUCUUUGUAACAAGGCUGAGGUAGCGCAAAAAGGAAAACAAUUUACAGCCACACUUUGACACCAAACACAGAGCUAAAUAUGCUAACCUUAGCCACCAAGAAGAGCAACAAGAAAACGAGGAAUUAAAUUAUAACCUGCGUUCUCAACAGAAUAUGUUCACAAAGGUUAGCAAAAAAAUGUU